UGUGUUACGGGCAUGUAACAAUAAUUUUUGGUAUAAUACUGUAGUAUUAGCUUUACACUUUGAAAUAAACUAAGAAGAAUUCUUUGCUUGGAAAAGCUGUACUGUUUAUGUCUAAGCUAGCUAACUUUAGCUAACCGUUUAGCUAGCAGGUGGGCUAGCAUGUCAUACUUGAGUGUAAUUUGAAGUCUAGCUAAGCCUGAACAGUCGUAUAACAUCAUGUUAACCCCGCAGAAGGAGGGGAUGCCCAGUAUGAUAGACAGGGCGCUGAGGAUGAGGAGGGAAGAGCAGGCUCGUCAGAUAGUCCUGGCCUGGGCUGUGCUCAACAUGUCCCUAGCAGGCAUGAUCUACACUGAGAUGUCAGGGAAACUGCUGAGCCGAUACUACAACGUCACUUACUGGCCUAUAUGGUACAUCGAACUGGUGCUAGCCUCUGUAUUUAGCCUCAAUGCUCUUUUUGACUUUUGGAAGUAUUUCAAAUACACAAUGUCUCCCUCCACCAUCGCUGUAUCUCCUGGGCAGCAUCGACUCCUGGGUCUGAGAAACACGAGUAUUCAGGCCUCUCCGCCCCAAAAGCCAGAAAAAAAGGAGACCCCUGCUCCAGCCCAGUCGUCUCCACUGCAGGGGCAAAGCGUGCUGAGCUUCAGCCCUUCGCGGCCGGCCACCACCAGCCCAAAGUUCUCCCCUAGCUGUGUACCUGGGUACAGCCCUCCUCUCAGCAACCCAUCAACUCCAAGCAGCGCGGGAGGGCCCUUUUCCCCCUCAGUGGCCUUUGGAAAGGUGUUGAACUACAGUACCUCUCCUGCCUCCUCUCCAUACGCCAGCAGCAUCGGACCGGCAGAAGGCUCGAGCUUGAGAGCUCGAUAUCGCACAUCCCCUUCAGUGUUUAACUCCCCUGGAAGUAAGGAGGACUACAUGGAGGAUCUGAAAAGCCUGGAGAGGUUCCUCCGAGUAGAGGAGGAGAAGAGUCACCGUAGCCAACUAGGGAGUCCAGAGGCUGUGUCUCCGAACCACAGCCCGACAUUUUGGAACUACAACCGCUCGGUGGGUGAUUACGCCCAGAGCCUUAGGAAGUUCCUGUACCAGCCAGCCUGCCGCUCGCAGGCCCCAUCGGCCCACAAGGAUGAGACGGACUUGGGCUCCAAACAAGCUGCAGAAGAGGUGUGGGCCAGGAUCACAACCAGCCGCCCUGUAGUAGACAGCAUUGACAGCUGGACAGCCAAGCUUAGAAAUUGGAUAAGUGACACCAUCUUGGUCCCGCUGGUCAAGGAAAUAGACUCUGUCAACAGCCAGCUCAGGCGGAUGGGCUGCCCUGAGCUCCAGAUAGGAGAGGCCAGCAUAAGCAGCCUGAAGCAGGCAGCAGUGAUGAAAGCCUCCUCCAUCCCCACCAUGAACUCUAUCGUUCAGUACCUGGACAUCACUCCCAACCAGGAGUAUCUAGUUGAGCGCAUAAAAGAGCUGGCCCACAGCGGCUGCAUGAGCUCGUUCCGCUGGAAUAGUGGUGGAGAUCUGAAGAGCAGGAAGUGGGACACGGACCUCCCCUCUGACUGUGCUAUCCUCAUGCAUGUAUUUUGUACGUAUUUGGACUCAAGACUACCCCCGCAUCCAAAGUACCCAGACGGGAAGACGUUCACUGCUCAACACUUCAGCCACACCCCAGACAAACCUGAUGUUACCAAGGAGAACCUCUUCUGCAUCCACCAAAGCAGCACCACUCCCCCUCACUACCAGCUCAUCUACCAGGGACAUAUCUACAGUCUACCCAAGGGCAGGAACAACUUGUUCCACACAAUCCUCAUGUUCCUGUAUGUUAUUAAGACUAAGGAGUCAGGGAUGCUGGGGAGAGUUAAUCUUGGCCUCUCUGGGGUCAACAUUUUGUGGAUAUUCAAAGACUGAGGCGUCGUGCUUUGGAAGCAACACAAACCUUCACGUGGAUUUUUUUCCCACGAUGCUGUGUGGCUGCUCUGAUAGGAAUCCCACCUCGACUUAAGGACUGUUCUUUCAAGGGCAUUUUGGGAAAGCAGCACUUAAUUUUUUUGGACAUUUUCUCAAUUUUUGGUAGACAAAUUGCCAACGAUCUGUAUUAUCAUUGACAUUUUAAGUAUGUGACACCACAGUGUGCUUAUGAUACAGUAAAGAGUUGUAUUUUUUAACAUUGUUUGGUUUUCUGAUUUUGUAUUUUGAGAAUGUAUCAGCAUGGCAGCCUUGUGGAUAAUAUACCUCAGAUUUAUCUGGUGGGUGGUGAAGGGCUCAGACCCAUUUAGCACAAAUGUGGAUACAGUAUGAUUGGACUUGACUUUUUCUUUCUAUUUCUGGUAUGCUGUUUUGUUUUUGUUUUUCGUUUUGUUCCUGUAGUUCAAUGAAUGUCUGCUGCAGCAAAGAUGCUCCUGGCAUGCUUGAAGUUGGUCACCCACAGAAAUGAGACUUCUGAAAAUGGAAGCAAUGCACAAAAAAAAACAAAAAACAAAACUGAUGUACUCCCAGUAAGCUGUGAUGCAACCCAACUAUGUAAAGUGUGAAUCGUUUUGAUAAGUGAUGAAGAACAGAUGAGAAGCCUUUUCAAUUACCAAACUUUUUCUGAAUUAUCGUAUUUUACAAAAUGGACCCGAAUGCCAUUUAUCUUUAUUGCUUGUAUUAGCCAUCAGUCAGGUUUCAGGCCUAAUGCAUUUUUGUUGGUUUUCAAUAACGCCCUUUUACAAAUGUCUCAUGAGUUCAAAAUAAAAGGACAGAAAAAAA